CAUCUUGUUUACUGUUUCAAAUUCUAUCAACAUGCCCAGCAAUGUAUCCAACCGAGAUCUCUGAUUGCAAUCUCCCCCCUGUACUGUCCCCGCAGUCCCUCUGGUCAUCUCCUGUACUAUGGCUGCAGUCCCUGAUCAUCCCCUGUACUGUGUCCGCAGUCUCUGGUCAUCUCCUGUACUGUGUCCGCAGUCUCUGGUCAUCUCCUGUACUGUGUCCGCAGUCUCUGGUCAUCUCCUGUACUGUGUCCGCAGUCCUCGUCUCUGGUCAUCUCCUGUACUAUGUCCGCAGUCCGCAGUCUGGUCAUCUCCUGUACGUGUCCGCAGUCUCUGGUCAUCCCCUGUACUGUGUCCGCAGUCUCUGGUCAUCUCCUGUACGUGCGUCCGCAGUCUCUGGUCAUCUCCUGUACCGUGUCCGCAGUCUCUGGUCAUCUCCUGUACUAUGUCCGCAGUCUCUGGUCAUCUCCUGUACACUGUGUCCGCAGUCUCUGGUCAUCUCCUGUACUAUGUCCGCAGUC